AUGUUGGGCAGGGCUCGCACCACAAAGUUGUCUUAUGGUAUUCGGCUUCUUAGUGGAUCUCUGAGAGGAUUUAAUAAGGGAAUCCCCAAAACUGCUCCCCCAUCACAAGAGGUGAAACGUGGAGAUAAUGAUCAAACAAACCAGAAUGUGGAACAAAAUAAGUCGAACCACCCUUCAAUUGCAGAAAAUGGGUUAUAUUUUGGUCAAUUUACAGAGAAUGAAUAUCAAGAGGCGGCUAAGAUUGUACGAGAUCAAAUUUCUAAACUUGAAAAAGACAUCAAGGGAGAUUUCAAUAUUCGUGAAAACAUAGGCAAACAUCCUGUAAUACCCGCUAUUCCAAAUAAAUCCCAGAAGCCAACAAAGGUCAAUUCUUUGGAAGAUUUCUUCACGCAAGUAAUUCAGACAACAGGACCCAUGUCACUCUCGUCUUUUAUGAGGCAAUGUUUGACACAUCCUGAAUUUGGUUACUACACCACUCGAGAUCCACUUGCAUCUAAAGGAGGCGAUUUCAUAACAUCACCUGAAAUUUCAUCUGUUUUUGGAGAAAUGAUCGGUCUGUUUUGGUUAUAUACUACAUGGGUAUCGCAAGGAAUGCCGGAAAAUAUUCGAAUCAUUGAGUUUGGCCCGGGAAAGGGGACUUUGAUUUAUGAUGUUAUGCAAACGUUUAACAGCUUGGUGACUCGCCAAGGUGGAAAGGUGGCCGUUGAAAUUGUCAUGAUCGAGGCGUCUGAUAUCUUGAGGAAUGAACAAUAUCAGAAGCUUUGUAAAGGUGAGCCUAUUGAGAAGAUCAAUGAGACUACAGUGCUGUCUAGAACAAUUUGGGGUAACAGAAUAACGUGGUAUUUAACAGAAACUGAAAUUGAGCCUAGUGAGAAUGUUGGGAACUAUAUUUUGGCUCACGAAUUUUUUGAUGCGUUACCAAUAAAGGCAUUCAAGAAGACAGAAAAUGGUUGGAGGGAGUUCUUAGUAGAUCAUAAGGCAAUUGCCCAAAGCUUGGAAUCUCAGACAUCCAAAUCGAACGAUAACGAUCUUCACACUUUACAGACACAGUCGGGCACUGAUUUUUACUUAACAUUAACUCCCAGUGAAACCCCGUCAUCCAAAAUUCCCCAACUAAGCUCCAGGUUUAACUCUCUUCCAAUCGGCUCCACCGUUGAGAUCUGCCCUGAUGCUGAGACGUACUUGAAAAAAAUGAUUAAAUUGAUAGAGACCUCUGGUAUCAACGUAGGCUCCAUAUUAGCAAUUGACUAUGGACCAUCGAACAGCAUUCCUGAUGUUACACUCAGAGGGAUAUAUAAACACAAAUUCGUAUCUCCAUUUUACCAGCCAGGGCAUGUUGAUUUGUCUGUCGAUGUGGACUUUAAGAAUUUGGCUUUAAUUGCCGACCAUUCUGAUACAAUGACUGCCUACGGUCCUGAGGAGCAAGGUGAUUGGUUACACAACGUUGGUAUUGGUCAUAGAAUAGAUCAACUUUUGAAGAAAAAUCAGAACGAUCCAGAGUUCCAAGACAAGAUAUACAACUCAUAUUUGAGAUUGACAAGCAAAGAUGAUUCUGCUAUGGGGAAAGUCUACAAAUUUUUAUGCAUAAAUCCCAAGUCUUCACCUCCUCCUAUUGGGUACACUAAAUAG